UCAUCAUGCUCUCCUAUUUCAUUCCAAACAAAGUAGUCUUUCCCCAAUAUGAAAGCAAAGACUUGAUGAGCAAUAAAAAAGUGCUAACCGGCACUCCCCACUAGCCAGAAAGUUCUUCCAUCUCCUCCCCAUCUUUUAUAAAACCGCCCAAAAAUCCUAAACAAACUCGUAUCCAACCAAAACUACCAUCCUUCUUCUUCUGUCAUGAUCAUCUCUAUCUUCCUCUGAUAGAAAACCUUUCUUUCUAUCUCCCAUGGCAUCAAAACCAAACGGAAAUCCAAUCACCGGAAUGACCAACGACCGAGAACAUGACGGUGGAGCCAUAUUCGUGUUGGAAUCCAAAGGGAAUUGGUGGCAUACGGGGUUUCAUCUGACGACGGCGAUCGUCGGACCGACGAUACUAGCGUUGCCGUAUGUGUUCAGAGGAUUAGGAUGGAUAUUAGGAUUCUUUUGCUUGACGGUGAUGGGUGUUGUCACCUUCUAUUCAUAUUAUCUCAUGUCUAAAGUUCUUGAGCUGUGUGAAAAUCAAGGUCGCCGGCAUAUCAGAUUCCGUGAGCUUGCUUCUGACGUUCUCGGGUCUGGGGGUAUGUUUUACUUUGUGAUAUUUAUUCAAACGGCUAUAAACACUGGGAUAACUAUCGGAACUAUCUUGCUGUCAGCUGACUCUAUCAAGAUUUUAUAUUCAAAUUUAGUUCCGGAUGGGCCAUUGAAGUUGUAUCAUUUCAUAAUGAUGGUUACUUUUGUGAUGAUACUUCUUUCGCAACUUCCUUCUUUCCAUUCACUUCGUUACAUCAAUUUUGGUUCUCUUCUCCUCAGUCUGGGGUACACUUCUCUUGUUGUUGGUGCUUGUAUUCAUGCAGGGUCUUCCAAAACUGCACCUCCAAAGGAUUACUCAUUGAACCCAAAGAAAUCAACUAGAGCAUUUGAUGCCUUCACAUCCAUAUCCAUCAUUGCUGCAAUUUUUGGAAAUGGAAUAUUUCCAGAGAUACAAGCAACAAUGGCACCACCAGCAACAGGAAAGAUGGUGAAAGGUCUAUUAAUGUGUUACACUGUCAUAGUCCUUACUUUUUAUUCAGCUUCCAUCUCAGGAUACUGGGCCUUUGGAAGUCAGUCUGCUUCCAACGUUCUCAAGAACUUACUGCCAGAUGAUGGCCCUGCUUUAGCUCCUACUUGGGUGAUGGGACUUAUCGUUAUAUUCGUUAUCCUUCAACUCCUCGCAAUCGGACUGGUGUAUUCACAGGUUGCAUAUGAGAUUAUGGAGACACAAUCAGCUAAUGUGAAAGAAGGGAUGUACUCAAAGAGAAAUUUAAUACCUAGGUUACUACUAAGAUCAUUGUACAUGAUAGUCUGUGCAUUUUUCGCGGCAAUGUUACCCUUCUUUGGAGAUAUCAAUGGUAUAGUCGGCGCAAUUGGAUUCAUCCCAUUAGAUUUCGUACUUCCAAUGCUUUUGUAUAAUAUGACUCACAAACCAACAAAAACAUCGCUAACAUAUUGGAUAAACAUCAGUAUUAUGGUUGUAUUUACCGGUGCAGGUAUCAUGGGUACUUUCUCUUCUGUAAGAAAAUUGGUUCUUGAUGCCAACAGGUUUAAGCUCUUCAGCAGUGAUGUAGUUGAUUAAAGAUUUGAUAAUGUAACACGGUUUGUACUUGUUGUUCAUGAAAGUAACCUUACAUGUCAAUUUUCACU